AUUUUCUUCUUUUAUUUCCCAAAUUUAUUAUGAGUUCAUCUGAAGUUAAAGACACUGCACAACAAGUUAUUGAAGGACCUAAGCAAUUCUUCAAAGAUGGCUUUCAAUUUAUGAACCGUUGCAAGAAGCCCGAUCAACAAGAAUUCUUAAAGAUUACACAAGCCGUUGCUAUGGGUUUUGCUGCCCUUGGUGCUUUGGGUUAUUUUGUUAAGCUCAUUCACAUUCCUAUCAACAAUAUUCUUGUCGGUGCUGCCUAACUUAUCCUUUCAAUAUUUGCAGCGAUCAGAAUA